ACACAGGCAAUCCUCUUCAUCACCCUCGCCUUUCCAGCAUUUCUCCUCUGCGUUGCACCAAUGAUUUGGCAUUUCCGCCAAACCAACAUCGCAGCCGGGUCACUGAUCUUAUGGAUUGUCCUACACAACCUCUUCAACUGCAUCAACCCGCUCAUCUGGCCUCGCGACAACCUAACCGAAUGGUGGGACGGUCGUAUCUUGUGCGACAUUCAGAUCCGGCUCCAGGUCGGCAGCUAUGUGGGAUUGACCGCCUCAUUGGCCCUGGUAUUACGCAAGCUCGCCCACGUUAUGGAUACACGCAACAUGACAGUGUCGACCAGCCAUAAGAGCAAAGUCAAAGCGAAGAUCUGGGAAGUCUUUUGGUGUUGGGGCGUGCCGUUGUUCUUGAUGGGCAUUUACUACGUUACCCAGUACAAUCGCUACGCAAUCAUCGGUAUUGCGGGUUGUUGGUCUGUCCACGAUGCUUCAUGGCCUAGCAUGGUCAUUAGUUUCAUGUGGUCAGCCGUUGGCAUUGUAAUCGAUUCCUACUGGGCAUCCCUACUCAUUUACCGUCUCUACCGGUACCGACGCGAGUUCCAUCGCCUUGUAGCAGCGCGCAACACCACAUCCUCACGCUUCAUCCGCCUCUUCCUGGUUAGCCUGAUCGUCAUAUCCUUCUACCUCAUUUACACCAUCGUACUCCUUAUACAAAUGGCCGGGAGACUCACCGACAAGUACUCUUGGGAUAGAGUCCACGAUCCCGAGAGAUGGAACACGAUCACAAGGACGCCCUCGAUGGGUCAUAUCAGUAUCGAGAAGUGGGUCCAGAUCGCCACGGGAUACAUUAUCUUCCUCUUCCUCGGCACGGGAGUAGAUGCAAAUGCUCAUUACAGACGAAUAUUGAUCUCUAUGGGAGCGGGCAAGAUAUGGCCGAGUCUAUUACCCGGAUCGGCCAACUGGAGGAGACCGACCAGUUUCUCCGCUCCUCAUAGCUGGACAUCAUACUUUUCGAGCAGAGCAAAGAAGAUGCUGUGUUUCGGUACUUCCGACUCUACAAGGUCGAGCUCGACAAGCACGGAUUUCAAGAACGAUACCUGGACCGCAUCUACAUACAACUCUGUGGCUCUCGACGCAGUCCCCCGCUUACACAGCGUCACAACGCAAGAUACCUUGAUCUCAAAGAAGAACGACCAAGACACGCCUUUGCAAAAGCACAACCAGUCCACCUCCCCUUCUCUAUCAGCAUCCCCGACACCUCCCCGCCCCACAUUCUUCACCCGCUACUUCACCCGCCCCUCUCUAAACGGGCCCAUCCUCCACCUCUUCUCCUACCGCAACAUCACCGAAAUCAACUCCAAAUCCUCCAAUCCUUCCACCAAAUCUACCAACCCUUCAACCACCACCGCCACCAUCACCACUGACACAAACCCAACCAAACCGCCCACCCCUACCCUCCCAUCCGGCGUCCACACCCGCGCCUGGGCCGAAGACAUCUCCUCCUCUCCCUCCUCCGCCGGGAUUACGAACGAGGCACACAGUCACGGAAGGAGCGUUCAUGUCGUACGCGAAGUGCAUCAGCAGCGGGAUAAGAAGCGAGGGGGUGAAUUUGAGAGGGUAGAUAGGGAGAUGAGGGAUUGGGCUUGAUGUGCGUCUUGGGUUGGUCGGCAUGACGAGCAUGAU